UGGUGGCGGCUCUGAUUUGCAUAUUUUUCUUUUUCCACUUGCAGAUGCUUCUCUUGAUUGGAAUUUUGGCUUGAAUUUCGAUUUUUAUAUUUUUUUUUUUUUGAUGUUCGUGGGAAGCCAUACAACGCAAAUCUAAUCCUCGUCCGUCACCAUCGCUGGCCAGGACUUCGCCCUUUUUUUGACCAGGGCGUGUACAGCAGGCGAUGCACAACGCCCACCGCGGGGAAGAGUUGACCCCUCCACAAAGAAGUUGACUGCCUAGUCAACAUUGACUGCAUGCUUCAUCAAUGGGAAAUCGCUUCAUCGGUGUCGUCCUACGAUGUUGCCAAAUCCACCGACAUGGCCACCAAUGCUGAAUCACUCGUUACUCGUUUGAGCAUCUGUUCCUCAUCUCGUGCUUCGGCCGACUGGUCUGCCGGUUCGACCAAUUCCUCAGCAUCAACCGAUCUGCCCUUCCACACCGAGGAUUUCGGAGCUCCUAUUGACGGAACUUUGGCAAAACGGCCACGCGGUCGUCCUCGAAAACAUCCAAAACCGGCGAUAGAUGUCGUGCCGAAAAUCACCAAAGGCCGUUCGAAGACGGGCUGCUUGACCUGCCGAAGGCGGAAGAAGAAAUGCGACGAGGCGAGACCAAUCUGCCUCAAUUGCCAGAAGAAUUCGGUUGUCUGCGAAGGCUACCAAAUUCCGGAAAGGUGGAAGAGUGGUAAGCAAAAGGCGGAGGAAAUUCAACGUCAAGCGAUCAGGCAGCAUCCGCUCCCCGUCUUGGUUGACGGAAUUGAAACAGAUAUCGACCGUGUCUUCUUAGACCAUUUUGUUCAUCGUGUCAGCAGAGUCCUUACCCUCAUCAAUGAUGAAUCCAACCCGUUCAAAGAGCUAUUACUCCCCAUGGCCAUUCGCCACCGCGGCCUGAUGCACUCAAUUUUAUGUCUCGCUGGAUCGCACUUGGGUUCGGUUGACAAAAGCCCAGCUUUGGAAGAAAGACAGAAUUAUCAUUUUGAACAUGCAGUCCGUUACCUUAGGACCAAUAAGCAGCUAACCGCCAAAGCAAAUGGUGAGACCAACGAGCUGAUCGACGAUCCCACGGUGGCUCAAACACUCAUCCUGUGUUUGACGACCAUCUGCAGGGGCGACACGCAGGGCGAAUAUCGGCCGCAUUUGGACGCGGCUAGGCAUCUACUCCUUUCGCAGCAAACAGAAAAUAAAGAAUUUGGCCAGUUUCUGAUGGAGUUCUUUCUCUAUCAUGAUGUCUCCAACUCUAUCACAUCUCUCGAUAGGCGACCGUUGCUUUUGAUGGAGAACUUCCAACUGCCGGCUUUCAUGAUACAACCCGAGGCCGGUUCCAUGCUAGGCGUUUUGGAUGGCCUUUUCGGUUACCUGUCCAAGAUCACCGCCUUGAGAGACAGGAUGCGGACUCGCAUGCACCAAGACAUCCAACCCCUUGUCGACUACAGCAUCUUCAAUGAAGCUGUGGCCAUUGACGGUGAAAUACGGACGUGGAGCGCUAAUCAACCAGAAGGCACUUCACGUUAUGUUGCCGCGCAGCUCUACCGCCAGUCUACCUGGGUUUAUCUCUAUCGCACGGUUCAUCCAUCGGCGCCUUGCGAGAAGAUCCACGAAGCGGUGGAGCAUGGUCUUGACUACCUUCGACAGCUUCCGCGGGAUGCUUCAACGCAGAGCGUACUUUUGAUGCCACUCUUCUUGCUUGGAUGCGCUGCGUUUGACCCUGCUCAGCGUCCUGAAAUACGAACCGCUUUUCAGGGCCUUGAGGCUUACUCUAACCUAGGCAACAUCAAGCCUGCGCGAGAAGUCAUGGAAUUGGUCUGGCAGAAGAUGGAUUUGGGUGACGGGUCUUCCUGGGACUGGGAAACCAUCAUCCAAGAGAAAGGCUAUGAUUUCCUUGUCACCUGACGAUUUGCUUUUUGAUAUUCUAUGAACGAAAACGAAGGGAAAAAAAAAAAAAAAUAUCCGGGUGGCGGUAAGGGGUUCCUUGACAGGCGUGGAGAGUGAAAAUUUAUAUUGUUUCCAUGUUCUA